AUGGAAGGCCCCUCGGCGCAAAAGGUCCUCGUCCCGCGCAUAGAUACGGCUUCGACCUGGGUUCAGAUCGAGGAGAGAACUGCCGAGAAUAGGCUACUGUCGGUCGUUGCGCAGGUCCUCGACAUUCCCAGAGAACAAAUCCAGCUCCAUGAAUCCUUUAAAGACUUGGGCGGUGACGACAGGUCCGCCGUGGCCCUGAGGGCCGAGUGUCUGGAGGUUGGCAUUGACAUCAAAGUUUCCGAUAUCCUUCGCUGCCCGACCCUCGCUGAACUUCAAACCUGUAUUAUCCCCAAGUACGAGCACCCCGUGGUCCGUAAGCCGCCCGACAAUAUCGAAACCAACGUGGUCCCGGUCGAACCUCGCGAAAUACACAGGCCUGCGAGGCUAGCCGUUACCCGCGACGCAAAUGCGAUGAUCGCGACAAAACGCUCGCGCAACUCGAGCCAGGCCAGCUCCGGCUCGCAAGCUAUACAUAUGACAGAGAUAGAAAAGGCGUUGGGGAACCAAAAAGAAAUAUCGAGGAUAGCAACGGUGCGACCAAAGGCAGGCAUCCUCGAAGGGAAACUCGUUGCCCUCUUCACCCUCUCCACCACUCAGUCAUCCCGAGCCAGUUCAUCCGAUGUCAGCCUGAUCUCCCAGUCCAACUCCAUCUUCGCCGGCACCCAAGUCACCCUUCUCCGUCAAGUUGCCAAAUCCCUUCUUCCGCCGACCAGCCUGCCCGAUGUAUGGAUCGUCUUGGAAAGCAUGCCCCUUACGGAGUCCGGCCAUGUAGAUACUCGACGAUUGCGAACUUGGAUUCAGAACAUGAAUCAGCAGCUCCAUUACCAGGUGUCCAAUCUCCAAUCCCAGGUGCCCCUGGAGGAGCCAAAAACGACCAUGGAACGCUCGUUACAGAGGCUGGUAAGCAAAGUGCUGGCUCUUUCUCAGGUUCAGAUCGGCGUCAACCUUUCCUUCUACCAGCUAGGAGGCGAUGAGACGACUGCAUUGGAACUUGUUGCCCGGUGCAAAAAUGAGGCUAUAUACAUCGAACCCGUGGAAGUGCUUGGAUCAAAUACCCUCUCGGAGUUGGCCGCCAUUGCCGAGUCCAGGGGCUUCCAGGAGAACCAAUGGGAGGAGGAAACUCACGAUUUCUUCGAUCUAUCUCCGAUGCAGCAUUUGUACUUUGAGUCCUCUAUGGGCGGAGACCCGAACCGUAGAUCUGCCGGCGAUGGGACUUACCGCUUCAACCUAAGCCUCUUUCUCCGCUUCAAAAAGGACGUCUGUUUUGAGGACGUCGCGGCCGCUCUGGAAGCUAUUGUUGCCCACCAUCCAAUGCUUCGAUCGCGCUACAGUCGGGGAUCUGAUGGCUGGAUGCAGCUUAUUCUACCUGAUGUUGCAGGAUCGUAUAACCUUCGCCGCCACUCGAUAUCCUCAGAUCGCGAACUGGACACCAUUAUCGGACAAACACAGCUCGCUAUCGACAUCGAGAAGGGGCCAGUCUUCGCUGCCGACUACUUCACAACCCACGACGCUCAGCAACUGAUCUAUCUUGCUGCUCACCAUCUUGCUGUUGACCUACCUUCAUGGCGCAUCAUCAUUCACGAUCUCGACGAGCUUCUGGACUCGGGCAGUUUUCUGUCCCAACGGUCGAUGCCCUUUCACAAAUGGGUCGAGCUACAAAAGUACGAUGUUCAAGGGAAAGACCCAAAAGAGUUCGUGCCCUUCAAACUCCAACCGGGUGAUUAUACCUUUUGGGGUCUGCGAGAAAUCCCCAACUCGUACGGCGACACGCAAGACAUUAGCUUCGCUCUCAGCUCGGAGCUGACGGCGAUACUGCAAAGUUCCUGCAACCAAGUUUUCAAGACUGAUACGGUUGACAUCUACCUCGCUGCGCUUAUGUUGUCGUUUGCACAAACAUUUCCCGAUCGGUCUGUGCCAGUGGUGUGGAAUCAAGAGCACGGUAGGGACAUGUGGAGGUCGGACAUUGACAUUUCCGAGACAGUAGGGUGGUUUACAGCUCUGUGCCCGAUAGCCCAAAAGGUAGAAGGUACAGACGACUUCAUCGACGUUCUCCGACAUCUCAAAGAUACGCGCCGGUCAAUACCAGCUCAUGGAUCCAAAUACUUCGCGUCACGGUUCUACAACAGCGCUGGGCCUGACACCUUGCGCCCCGACUGGCCGUUCGAGGUCAUGUUCACCUACGCAGGCUCGCUGCAACAACUAGAGCGCACCAACGGCGUGAUGGAGCAGUUGCCUCUGACAAGCCGAUCUUUCGACUCCCCGACUUCGGAUAUUGGGUCGAAAGUGGGCCGCGUGGCUUUGUUCGAGAUCAGCGCCAUGCUUGACAAAGGUACCGCCAAGGUGUCGUUCACAUAUAGCAAGUUUUGUAAAGACCAGACUCGCAUCGCGCAAUGGGCUCAUAACUAUGAGCACCUGCUUCUCGAGGCGAUUGGUAGGCUGAGGUACCACCCUCAUGAGCUAACGCUUGCCGAUGUUCCUCAUCUUGAUGUCACAUAUGAAGGUCUGACGAUUUUCAACAAACAGCGGGUAGCGGGUCUGAAACUGGCAAGCGUGCAAGAUGUUGAAACCAUCUACCCGGUGACUGCCGUACAUCAGGCCAUCUUGAUCAGUCAAGCUCAGCGACCAGAUACGUGCUAUCUGCAUGCCAUCUACGAGUUCGCAUCACCACAUGGCGAUUCUAUUGAUAUUGCCAGACUAUGCAACGCGUGGCAGCAUGUAUGCAACCAGCAUCCAGCCCUAAGGACCAUCUUUACCGAGAGCGUCAGCGAAACUGGGUUGUGGGACAUGGUGAUUCUUCGUCGGGCUUCGCCGGAUAUGCUCUUCAUUGAUACAGCCCCUGCGGAAGAUCCAGUGUACGAGCUCGACAAUCUCCCAGAUCUUCGACCGACAGACAACAAGCCGCUCCACCGCUUGACGGUGUGCAGAGCUCCAACCAGGACGUUCAUCAAGCUGGAUAUUAGCACCGCGCUUUGCGAUUUUUUGAGCGGCAUACGCUGUGGAUCCAGUGUUGGCUUUUGGCGUGAGAGGCUUUCCGACGUCGCACCAAGCAUGUUCCCUCGGCUUACUGUGUCGCCCGACGAGCAGCGCUUCGUCAAUUCUUUUCUCGACUUGGAGAUCACGUCCUACGAACUGUCUGGGUUCACACGAUCCCACACGACUACUGUCGAUGCGAUUGUCCGUUUGGCGUGGGGCCUUGUGCUGCGAUGCUUCACCGGGUCGAACGCUGUGUGCUUCGGCUACCAAACAGACGGCCGUGACACCUCCAUUUCCGAGCUACAAACCGCCGUAGGUUCGUUUGCCAAUAUUGUGGCCUGCAAUUAUGAUCUGACGCCGCAUACAUCCCUUAAGAUGGCGUUGGAGGUUAUUGAAGAUCAACUUACAGCUAGCUUGCCGCAUCAACACUUUACCAUGGCCGAGUUGGAACAUGCUAUGGGCAUGAAGGGUGGCGAACACCUCUUCAACUCGUGCCUAACAUUCACCGAAGAGCCCGCAGGACUGAACAGCAAGUUCACCAAGAGGACAAACUUUGAGCUCAAGCCACUCUCGCUCAAGCAGACGUCCGAUGUGGACGUACUUUUUAAUACGCGGUUUGCCGGGGGAAAGCUGGUGGUCGACAUCGGACAAAGGGUCAUGUCCGAAGAGCAGGCUCUCAAUGUGGCCAAUACGUUUGGAAAAGCGAUCCGCACCAUCCUUUCAGCACCACAAAAUUCCAUUGGAACAGUUGACCUGUUCAGUGACCGCGACUAUGCCCAGUUGUUAGCCUGGGGCGCUGACUCGCCUUCUGCCAAUAGCACACGAGUUGAAAGCCUUGUUCACGAUCUUGUAAACAAGCAAGCCAGCGCUCAGCCCAACUCUCAAGCCGUCUGCGCAUGGGACGGUACUUUCACGUACCAGCAACUAGAUGAAGAGGCAACAACCCUAGCCCAUCAUCUAGUGGAUGUGGGCGUUGGACCACACUCGGUUGUGCCUGUGGUGAUGGAGAAGAGUCGCCUUACCAUUGUGGCGAUCCUCGCUGUUCUCAAAGCUGGCGGUGCGUUUGUCCCCAUCGAUGCUUUGGAAUUAGGCUUGAUCCAACCCAUCUUUGAACGGCUCAACUUCUCGAGGGUCGCGGUCGCUUCUGAGCGCGCUGCCCUGGUCCUUGGUAACCUGUUCGACGAUGUUGUCACCUUGAAUGAUGGCCUAAUGCACAGCCUUCCCCGAGAUCGAAGAUCGCUCACCUCGAUGGCUACGCCUUCCGAUCCAGCCUGUAUACUUUUUUCCCGCGUCUCAUCAGGCGUGGCUCGUGGGGUUUCCUUCAGCCACACUGCAUUAUCCACCGCACUUCUGGGUCAGGGCCCCGCCGCGAAGAUUGGGCCUUUGAGCCGCGUCAUGCAGCUCUCGUCUUUCAACGUUGACAUUUGCGUUUCGGAGAUCCUCACCACACUCGCUCAUGGAGGAUUCGACCCGACAAAGGUGCCAACCUUGAAGGCGGUGUGCUUCAGGACUCGGAGCCUGGACGAAGACACAUACAGUGCAUGGCAUGGUAAAGCCAACAUAAUCCUGGCCUAUGGGCCACACGAUGUCUGUCCUUUGGGCAUCUCCUUCCUCGAGGCCGUCGGGGAAAAUCAACUUCGAAGUGUCGGGCGCCCGUUUUGCGGUAGCUUUAUGGUUGUUAAUCCCGACGACCGCAAGAAUCUGGUCCCUGUCGGUGCCGUCGGAGAGCUGGUAGUAGAGGGGCCAACCUUGGGUUGCCAUUACCCUAACAGGGAGUCUACUUUGGGGCCAAUGUCGCCACUUGGACCGUCUGCGGGCAACCCGUCACGGUACUUCAAAACUGGACACAGAGUUAGGUAUACUGACGGUGGGUUGAUGGAGUUCAUCUCUCACAAAGACGAGGAUGUUGGCAGCAAGGAAAGACCAGUAGACACGGCGCAGAUAGAGCGGUAUCUUCGACGGUGUCUUGGACAGGGAGUUGAUGUCCUGGUAGACAAAUUGCCCUUCCGAAGCACGGAUGACGCGCCGGUAUUGGCUGCCUUCAUCGAGUUCGGGGAUAGUAUCCUCGACGGCGAAGACGACCUCAACUCAUUGGGCGCGACGGCUAAAGAGCAGCUGUUCAUUGCUAGGCAGCUUGUCGAAAUUGGGUUGCGAAGCAAUGCUGCUCCACCCGGAAUCCCGUCAAUCUUCAUCCCAGUGAGGCAUCUUCCAAUUACCCCUUCACUCAAGGUCAAUCGACGUCGCCUCCAGAAAAUGAUCAGUGGGUUAUCCAAAGAGAAGCUCAACGCACUGUGCAGUGCCUCGACAGUUGGCGACGCGAAGCUCACACAAUUUAAACCUCUCCCGCUGACCGACAAUGAAGAGCGAAUGAGGGUGAUUUGGGCAAAGGUCCUAGGCGUAGAGGAAGCUCGUAUCCGUGCUGGUGACGGCUUCUUUGGUGUUGGUGGCGACCACGUGCUUGCUGCUCAAUUGGUUACCGCCUGUCGGCAUGAAGGCAUAUCGAUCUCAAUCGCCGAUGUCCUCCGAAAUGUCACACUCACCGAGCUAUGCAGGACAAUGUCUUCCAUUGAGCCGCUGCAGUCCGACAGUUCAGUUUCGCCGCCGGUGUUGAACCCUUUGCCCACUGCGUCUGACCCGAAUGUAGUCCAACAAAUACUCCUGGAGAAAGUCAUUGCCCCAAAGGUGGGUGUUGAUGCCCACGGCAUCAAAGACGCCGCCGAAGCAACCUCUACGCAGAUGCGACAUAUGGAAACCGGAAUGCUCCGCGGCCGUGCAAAUAUCAACUAUUUUACGUUCAUGUUCACUGGCCCUGUCGAUGCUAAGAAGCUGGAAGAUGCAUGCAUGACGCUCGUCACCAUUCAUCCCAUCCUUCGUACCGCCUUUGUUCCGCACAACCGAAAGGUGUACCAAGCUGCGAUCAAGUCAGCUAAUGUCGAGUUCAAGAGGCACACCUGCCCCACUUGGAGGUUGAACGCGGUCAUGGAGAAGUCGAUCCGGAAAGACCAAGCCUCACCGGUGGCCUUCUGCUCUCCCAUGACAAAGUUCAUUUUCAUCGAUGGAGGAAAGCAGUCGAUACUCAUUCUUCGACUCUCCAAAGCCCAAUACGACGACCUAUCGAUGGCCUUGUUCGUCAAGGACCUCAAGAAGCUGUAUGGUGGGACACAGAAUCCACCUCGUCGCCCGACCUACUGCGAAUUUGUCCGGUCCGUUGAGCUGGCUAACUCACAAGGAGCGGAGGAGUACUGGAAGAAACUGCUCGAAGGUAGUACGGUUACGCAGGUAGUCGAGCAUCCCUUGCCAUAUCGGGUGUCGGCAAACAUCAAGACGUUACGUCAUGUGAUGCCUCUCGGCUCAUUGUCCAGCCUCGGAAUUUCUUACGAGACCAUUCUGAAAGGUGCAUGGGCAAUGGUUCUUGCUAGUCUCUCAGCAUCUCCCGACGUAGUUUUUGGCGAGCUUGUUGACGGUCGCCAUGUCACACUCUCGGGCAACCAGUCGGUAAUGGGGGUCAUGGGGCCAACAGUCAAUCAAAUCCCCGUCCGGGUGCAGUUUCCAGAUACACCGCUUACACCGUUGGCCCUGCUUCAGGACGUGCAGACGCAGCGAAUAUCCAGGAUACCCUUCGAGAAUCUGGGGACGCUAAACAUCGUGGAGAAGUGCACACCAUGGCCGUACUGGACUCGCUUUAGCACUCUGAUCCAACACCAGUACGAGGAUACGGCCAUUGUCCCAUCGGAACCCAAGUCAUUCCAUCUCGGUACUGCCUCGUGCAAGUUCACUGUUAUCGAAUCCAGAGCUCAGGAUGUUCCAGAUCUAUUCAUUAGAUCAAUUGCCCGCGGAAACAAUCGGGUCGAGUUGUCGGUCACGUUUUGUGUCGACCGUGUCCCUGAGACUUUUGCUGAUGAGGCGCUGCGAAUGAUCUGCGCCACCAUCAACCUUCUCACCAGCGUCAACAUUACACAGCCACUGAUUCCAUCCGGUUACCAAUACAAGAACAUGGAGAAGAAGAUCCCACUUCCUCUUAGGGACUUGUUGGACGCAUGCACGGCGCACACCAGUGCCGGCCGGUCUGAUGCUGUCAAGGCGCUGACAAAAGAUCAAGAAGGUGGCAUUCAGGCCGUCAUCUCCAAAGCGUGGACAGCGGUCGUCAACCCUCGGGCUCUGGGUGUCCCUGAAGCGCAGGUGCAAAAUGCUGCCUUCUUUGAUCUAUGGGGAAGCCUCAUCCCCGCCGCUCAACUAGCAACGCAGCUGAACCGCGAACUGCCCAAAGCCAAUAUUCCCGGUGUCGAUGCCACCGUCGCAGUCACUAUGGAGGAGAUCGUGGAGAACCCCACAAUGGUCAAGCAGUUUGAGCUAAUAGCAGUCAAGAUGAAGAACAAAUCCAACGGCACCGGGUCCUCGUCAUCAUUACCUUUGCCCAAGGCCAAGGACAAGGAGAAGGGCAAAGACACCGCCGUAAACAACAAGCCUACGUUGACAGACAACACCAGGCUUGCCCCGAUCCAAGCCGCCGUGCGCAGAAAAUCUAGCAUCAACCUUGCCGUUGCCAGCGUCAAGGGAACGUUCCGCCGCUUUGCCUCCACUGUUGGCCGUUCGGGCGCCGAACCGUCUGCCAAAACAUCCUCAGCAGCUCCGAAUGAAUCCACGACCAUGGCCAUCGGCAUCGCGUCCGCCAUGGUCGCCGAGCUUGUCUCUCCCUUUUCUCCAAACGUCGUCAGUGCAAACAUCAAUGCCCGUAUCGACGUUCCUGGUCGACAACAACAACAACAACAACAACAACAACAACAACAACAACAACAACAACAACAACAACAACAACAACAACAACAACAACAACAACAACAACAACAACAACAACAACAACAACAACAACAACAACAACAACAACAACAACAACAACAACAACAACAACAACAGCAGCAGCAGCAGCAGUCUUCACAAAUGGUACAUCCUGGACAACCAGCCUUCGACAUGGUCCUCGACAGCCCUGUUGGCCCCAUAGAAAAAGACGCCACUGAAGAGCUAAUGAACCCCGAACCCGACUCCUCUUGGCGCUUACUCCUACUCCCCGGCGCAGCUGUGGAACUUCCCCUUUCAGAAAUUCCUUCCAGAAGAGGAACAGAACACACAAUCGGCUCCUCCACGUCGGCAACUACUAGCAUGACGGAGGACGGGAGCGGCAGUGCGCAGAGUAGUCGGUACAGCGGCGAAGAGGGAAGGCGAUAUGGGGAUCAGGUUACCCCUGUCUUGCCGGUGCAGGCCAGGGUGAGUAGUACAAACGGAAACGGGAAGGGGAACGUGCCGGCGGUGAUUGAUACCGCGGCUGCGAACGGACACUGGAGGAGAGGAGGGACAACAAGCGAGGCGGAUGAUUUGGUUAGUCCGUUGACGGCUGUCAGUCCCGGGAAGUAUGGAGGGCGAUUCCUUGCAGCUGGAAAUAUCACGGGGGAAGGGGCGGGGAGUGGAAGCAAAGGUACCAGUGCAGGUGUCAGUGGGCUGACGGUGAGGGUGUCGCCUGUUAAUUCGCCAAGUAGGACUGCGGAUGGAGGUGGGCAGGGACACGGGCAUAGACUGAGUGCGAGUGGGAGUACGUUGAUGAGGAAGAUGGGAAUGUCGAGUGUUGCCGAGUGAACGGAUGCGGUGCGGUGCGAUGUGCUGUGCUCUCGAAGGGCUCUGAGCGCCGAGGGCGGUGGUUUGUUUGCUUGUAGCGUGGUGUUUGGUGUUGGGCCAGGAAGGACAUGACAAUGGAGUCAAUGAUUGAUUGAUAUUGUAGCUGCUGGCUGGUACUGCAACAAUGAUACGGAGAAUCGAGCAAAACAGACCAAAUUGACAAAAAAGGAGGAACACC